UCUACGCGAUACGUUGGUCCGGCUUCUUUGUUGUUAAUAGAUAGUUAUGAAGAACAGAUCAUCCCUCAAAGACAAGAUGAUUUGUCUGCUGUCGAAGCAUAUUUGAAAGUUUUACCAAAUCCAGAAAUUGCAGAUAGUCUAAUUGAUAUCUACUUCCAGAAAAUUUACCGCCACUUUCCUCACCUGCGGAAGAAGGUGGUGCUGGACUGUCUUAAAGAAUUGUCAACACCACAACAGUUUCUUCUGUUAAAUACUAUAUUUUUUGCUGCAUCACCAUUCCAUUCAGACGAAAAUUUACGUGAUGGUGGAAUCUAUCAUCAG